AUGCGAAUGGCUUGGCUUAUCGUGGAACAACGAUUCGAAAAUGUCUAUUUUCCAAUAAUAAGUCCUAAUGUGACAUCUAAUAAUGCAACAUCACCACCUAUCGACUAUAUGAAUGAUUAUAGUUUAACUAAUUUGUGCUUAGUGGAUCUACUACCUUUCAGUUGCAAAAAAAUUCAGCAUACGGGACUUAUAGAAGAUCCUAGACCUUACAAAUUAGAUCCUGACAUUAAUUCAAAUACCAUGUUUUUGAACAUAUCAACCAACAACCAGAACACUUUAUUAUCGGAUUACUUUGAACUUACUAUUGAUUUAGAUGGUAACCAAUUGAAUGAUCCAGAAAAUUUAUAUCAUAUCAGUGGUAAACAUCCAAUACUACGUGGUCAAUGGCUUGUUUUAGAAUAUUCUAUAGUAAUUCAGUUAUAUUAUAAUGAUUCGCUAAAGGGUUUGUUUGGGUUUAACCCUGAUAAAAACUAUAUAUAUGUUGAUUUUAAAGAAAAAAGAGUAUUUCCUUUAGCAAAUGCAACAUACUCAAUGUUAGAAUUAGUACCGGGGGUGCCACCUGUUCUUUAUGAACAUGAAUAUACUCAAAAAACAUUUGAUAUGAUACUAUCUGAAAUUGGUGGAUUGUAUAUUGUGCUUAUUUCAUUACUAACAUUCUGUUUUGGUGCACCCAAACUUAGUCCAUGGAAUUGUUGUCAAAAGUAUUCGUUAUAUAGACCAAUACGUCGAUUUUCUAAAAUGGGGUUUGCUAAAGAAAAUAUCCCUAAAUAUAAAUUUGGAAUUCCGUUAGGUGAUCUAGAAAAUUCGAAAGAAAACCAAGGAAUUGAUGACCUUAAAAACCGAUUAGAUGCAUUAGAGCAUUUGUUAAAGGACAUUUAUCUUGAUACUAAUUUUCUAGAAAGCGUUGAAAAAACACGUAAAAAGAUUAAUGAAAUUGAUGAAGAAAAGGCAGAAAACCAAAAUACUGAAUAA